AGGCACAGGCAGCCUGCAUACACUCCUUUUCCAGGUGUCAACAUUAUUUAAAAGCAUGAGAAAUAGUAAUGAGACAGUGUCUUCUUCACUAGAACCUUGGGAAUCUGCUAGAUUUCUUCAUCUCUAUUUGUUGUAUUAGUAGCCGAACUGUGCAAAAACAAGGUCUUGAGAAAUGAUAGCACAGUAUCUUAGAGGGAAAGGAAAUGUAGGAUGCCAGCGUGGGGACAAAUUUCUGAUUGCCAGUGACUGUUGUGAGCAUAACAAUAAUUUCAUGAAUAUUAAAUCCUCUAUUGACGGCAGCUGCAGUUGUAAAGGAAAAAAAAAAAGGUCCUGAUCAUUUAAAACCACACUGGUGUACAUCAUAAUCAAAGUAAACAUAAGAAAAAAAUUUAAACUUUGCUAAAAAAAAAAAAAACAAAAAAAAGGAGAAGCAGCUGAUCUUUAGGAAGGCAUGCGGUUGCUUAUUAUGAAUCAUUUCUAGAGUCCAGUGCAUUUUCAAAGCCGGUUACAGUCAUUACAAAGCACACCCUUGUGAGGUAAGUGUAUCAUCACCUUUGUUUCAUAAAUAAAAAAGGUGAGGCGCCGAACCACUAAGUCACUCGCCUAAGGAGAAUGAGUCAACGUCAAGAGGCAUAGUUGACCCUGCCUAACGACUCCAGACCAUCAGUCCAGGGCUUAGUCAGCGGGGCCGGAGUGGCUUCCCUGGCUGGCACCUGGACUUAGGCUAUUUCUGUGCACGUUAAAGCAGACUAUUGGAACGGUUGCACAGAACUUCCAAGUAAUUUUUACUGCCACCUAAGAUUUAGCCCUGAGGUCUUAAUUUCAGGAUUUGGGACAGUAAAAGCUGUCGUCCCCUCCCCCUCAUCCAGCCGGUGGCAAGCGGGUACUGCGGGCGGUUCCGUCCGUCCUCUUUCGCAGAAAUGGCAACGAACGACCACCAGCAUUAGCGGAGUCAGGGGACGUGGAAGGGUUGAUUGCCUAAACGACUCUGCAUCGCCGCCACUUUUUGAAACUAAGAGAAAAUGGUGGGAGGUCAAAAGAAAACUAAAUAAACACACAAGCAACUUUUCCUGGGACCUCAACUAAGCAAAUGAAGCCUUAUUGUGUGUGCUGAGCCUGCAGUUCCCAACCUUCCGCGGAAGAUGGGAGGACAGGGCGACAAAGGGCACAGUAGGCAUGCCUGGCAGUAAGUGUGACCGCAGCUAUCCAGGAGGAAGAGCAGAGGACUGAAACCACCCUCCAGCAAGCGAGCGUCCGCCGCGUUGAGAACCGCGCACCCUACCCAUCAGCCACGUGACCAGUCCUUUUUUAAAAAAAAUUUGCCUUAAAAAAAAAAAAAAGUGGGAGAGAGACUCCACUUCCCAGAAGCCUCUCGUUACCCACGCAGCCGCAGUCUUGCGCAGGCGCCGCCAGGGCCAAACGGACACGUCCGUCACGUGGCCAGUAGCUGGCCAAUCCGGUUUGAAUCUCAAUUUUUUCCUCUUACCCCCCCUUCUGGAGCGGUUGUGCGAUCAGAUCGAUCUAAGAUGGCGACUGUCGAACCGGAAACCACCCCUACUCCUAAUCCCCCGACUACAGAAGAGGAGAAAACGGAAUCUAAUCAGGAGGUUGCUAACCCAGAACACUAUAUUAAACAUCCUCUACAGAACAGAUGGGCACUCUGGUUUUUUAAAAAUGAUAAAAGCAAAACUUGGCAAGCAAACCUGCGGCUGAUCUCUAAGUUUGAUACUGUUGAAGACUUUUGGGCUCUGUACAACCAUAUCCAGUUGUCUAGUAAUUUAAUGCCUGGCUGUGACUACUCACUUUUUAAGGAUGGUAUUGAGCCUAUGUGGGAAGAUGAGAAAAACAAACGGGGAGGACGAUGGCUAAUUACAUUGAACAAACAGCAGAGACGAAGUGACCUUGAUCGCUUUUGGCUAGAGACACUGCUGUGCCUUAUUGGAGAAUCUUUUGAUGACUACAGUGAUGAUGUAUGUGGCGCUGUUGUUAAUGUUAGAGCUAAAGGUGAUAAGAUAGCAAUAUGGACUACUGAAUGUGAAAACAGAGAAGCUGUUACACAUAUAGGGAGGGUAUACAAGGAAAGGUUAGGACUUCCUCCAAAGAUAGUGAUUGGUUAUCAGUCCCACGCAGACACAGCUACUAAGAGCGGCUCCACCACUAAAAAUAGGUUUGUUGUUUAAGAAGACACCUUCUGAGUAUUCUCAUAGGAGACUGCGUCAAGCAAUCGAGAUUUGGGAGCUGAACCAAAGCCUCUUCAAAAAGCAGAGUGGACUGCAUUUAAAUUUGAUUUCCAUCUAAAUGUUACUAAGAUAUAAGAGAAGUCUCAUUCGCCUUUGUCUUGUACUUCUGUGUUCAUUUUUUUUUUUUUUUUUUUUUUGGCUAAAGUUUCCACUAUCCCAAUCAAAGAAUUACAGUACACAUCCCCAGAAUCCAUAAAUGUGUUCCUGGCCCACUCUGUAAUACUUCAGUAGAAUUACCAUUAAUUACAUACAGAUUUUACCUAUCCACAAUAGUCAAAAAAACAACAUUACUAUGCUUUACAGGAAAAGAAAAUUCUGUUGUUCCAUUGUAUGCAGGAGCAUAUUUUGCUGGUUUGAAAGAUUAUGAUGCAUACAGUUUUCUAGUAAUUUUCUUUGUUUCUUUUUACAGCAUUGUCUUUGCUGUACUCUUGCUGAUGGCUGCUAGAUUUUAAUUUAUUUGUUUCCCUACUUGAUAAUAUUAGUGAUUCUGAUUUCAGUUUUUCAUUUGUUUUGCUUUCGUUUUUUUCCUCAUGUAACAUUGGUGAAGGAUUCAGGAAUAUGACACAAAGGUGGAAUAAACAUUAAUUUUGUGCAUUCUUUGGUAAUUUUUUUUGUUUUUUGUAACUACAAAGCUUUGCUACAAAUUUAUGCAUUUCAUUCAAAUCAGUGAUCUAUGUUUAUGUGAUUUCCUAAACAUAAUUGUGGAUUAUAAAAAAUGUAACAUCAUAAUUACAUUCCUAACUAGAAUUAGUAUGUCUGUUUUUGUAUCUUUAUGCUGUAUUUUAACACUUUGUAUUACUUAGGUUAUUUUGCUUUGGUUAAAAAUGGCUCAAGUAGAAAAGCAGUCCCAUUCAUAUUAAGACAGUGUACAAAACUGUAAAUAAAAUGUGUACAGUGAAUUGUCUUUUAGACAACUAGAUUUGUCCUUUUAUUUCUCCAUCUUUAUAGAAGGAAUUUGUACUUCUUAUUGCAAGGCAGUCUCUAUAUUAUGUCUUCUUUUGUGGUGUCUUCCAUGUGAACAGCAUAAGUUUGGAGCACUAGUUUAUUAUGUUUAUUACAAUUUUUAAUAAAUUGAAUAGGUAGUAUAUAUAUGGAAUUAAAUUGAUGUGGCUAUCUUUGUUUUUUAUAAAGUAAGGCACAGUUCUUCAGUCUUAGGUAAAUAAUGUACUCUCUUAAUAUGUUAAUACUCAUGAGAAUUGGGAUCUGAUGCAUCACCAUUUGAUUGGUAGCAACAGUGGUUGUAAAACUUGGUUGCUGAAUUGAGUUGUUUUUAUGUAAGUGUCAAAAUGGUAGUGUAGGGAAAGUACAGGUGGUGGGAACAUAAUGCAUUAAGAGUUUUGUUAGUGUUGCAAUCUAAAUAGAAUGGAAUAAACAGGUAUUAAGACAUUUAUAGUGGUAAAUUGUUGUAGUAUGGUAUUCUGUAAACUUGAAAACUUGAUCUACUCUUUGUAGGUAUCAUUUGAAAGCAAACUUGAAAAUGUUUUGUACAUAGUACAUACUUGUAUAGUCCUGUGAAAUGAAGUAUGGCUAUCAGACCAAAGGAUAAGCCAAACUGUAGGUAGCAGAAUGGAAAUUAUUAGUUUGAGAGGAAAAUUUGUCUUUUAAUGGUGAUUAUGACUUAAUCAUUUUAAAACUGAUAAACUUGACAAAAACCCUGUAUGAAAUAAACAUGAAAUUAAUAGCA